GGCGCGGGCUGGGCAGCACUGCGACCGCGGCGGUAGCAGCGGGAGCCGGGCGGCCGCGUAGUCACUCGGGCGAGAGAGGCGGCGGCGGCUGCCGGGCCAGGGCUGGGGCUGGGGCAGCAGCGGCCGCGCCGGGCAUGGAGCUGGCAAGCCGGCGCUGAGGCAGGACGCGCCUGCUAGCAGCGAGCGAGAGGCUCUCGCCGUCCCGCGUGCGGGCUCCCCGGCCGGGGCUGGGCAAACUUUUCUUUCUCUUUUGCCCUUUCCAGAGGCGCCUUCUGCGGCGGUCGGACCGACUCCUCGGCGCGGCGGGGCCGGGGCAAGCUGGACGCAGCAUGAUGCGCGCAGUGUGGGAGGCGCUGGCGGCGCUGGCGGCGGUGGCUUGCCUGGUGGGCGCGGUGCGCGGCGGACCCGGGCUCAGUAUGUUCGCGGGCCAGGCGGCGCAGCCGGACCCCUGCACGGACGAGAACGGCCACCCGCGCCGCUGCAUCCCUGACUUUGUCAACGCGGCCUUCGGCAAGGACGUGCGCGUGUCCAGUACCUGCGGCCGGCCCCCAGCGCGCUACUGCGUGGUGAGCGAGCGCGGCGAGGAGCGGCUGCGCUCCUGCCACCUCUGCAACUCGUCGGACCCCAAGAAGGCGCAUCCACCCGCCUUCCUCACCGAUCUCAACAACCCCCACAACCUGACGUGCUGGCAGUCCGAGAACUACCUGCAGUUUCCGCACAACGUCACGCUCACGCUGUCGCUCGGCAAGAAGUUCGAGGUGACGUACGUGAGCCUGCAGUUCUGCUCGCCACGGCCCGAGUCCAUGGCCAUCUACAAGUCCAUGGACUACGGGCGCACGUGGGUGCCCUUCCAGUUCUACUCCACACAAUGCCGCAAGAUGUACAACCGGCCGCACCGCGCGCCCAUCACUAAGCAGAACGAGCAAGAGGCCGUGUGCACCGACUCGCACACGGACAUGCGUCCGCUCUCGGGCGGCCUUAUCGCCUUCAGCACGCUGGACGGGCGGCCCUCGGCUCACGACUUCGACAACUCACCGGUGCUUCAGGACUGGGUAACGGCCACCGACAUCCGCGUGGCCUUCAGCCGCCUUCACACGUUCGGCGACGAGAACGAGGACGACUCGGAGCUGGCGCGCGACUCGUACUUCUACGCGGUGUCGGACCUGCAGGUGGGCGGCCGCUGCAAGUGCAAUGGCCACGCGGCCCGCUGCGUGCGCGACCGCGACGAUAGCCUGGUGUGCGACUGCAGGCACAACACGGCGGGUCCCGAGUGCGACCGUUGCAAGCCCUUCCACUACGACCGGCCCUGGCAGCGCGCCACCGCCCGCGAGGCCAACGAGUGCGUGGCCUGCAACUGCAACCUGCACGCCCGACGCUGCCGCUUCAACAUGGAGCUCUACAAGCUGUCGGGACGCAAGAGCGGGGGCGUCUGCCUCAACUGCCGCCACAACACGGCCGGCCGCCACUGCCACUACUGCAAGGAGGGCUACUACCGGGACAUGGGCAAGCCCAUCACCCACCGGAAGGCCUGCAAAGCCUGUGAUUGCCAUCCCGUGGGAGCCGCUGGCAAAACCUGCAACCAAACCACCGGCCAGUGUCCCUGCAAGGACGGCGUGACAGGCAUCACCUGCAACCGCUGCGCCAAAGGCUACCAGCAGAGCCGCUCUCCCAUCGCGCCCUGCAUAAAAAUCCCCGUGGCACCACCGACCACUGCCGCCAGCAGCGUGGAAGAGCCAGAAGACUGUGAUUCCUACUGCAAGGCCUCCAAAGGGAAGCUGAAGAUUAACAUGAAAAAGUACUGCAAGAAGGACUAUGCUGUCCAGAUCCACAUCUUGAAGGCAGACAAGGCGGGGGACUGGUGGAAGUUCACGGUGAACAUCAUCUCCGUGUACAAGCAGGGUACGAGCCGCAUCCGGCGCGGUGAUCAGAGCCUGUGGAUCCGCUCGCGGGACAUCGCCUGCAAAUGCCCCAGAAUCAAGCCCCUCAAAAAGUACCUGCUGCUGGGCAACGCGGAGGACUCGCCGGACCAGAGCGGCAUCGUGGCCGAUAAGAGCAGCCUGGUGAUCCAGUGGCGGGACACAUGGGCGCGGCGACUGCGCAAGUUCCAGCAGCGCGAGAAGAAGGGCAAGUGCAAGAAGGCCUAGCGUGGAGGCAGCGGCGCGCCGGGCGCCGGGCAGGCGGGCGGGGCGCGGGCCAGGCGAGCUAGAGCGGGGGGCGCGCCACCGCAGCGGCGUGGACUUGGCCCGUAAGGGCUUUCCCAGGUGGGGGGAGGGUGGGGGUGGGGUCGCAGCCGGCGCGGGGGCGGGGCCCUCGGCGGCCCCUCCCCUGGUGGCCCCACCCCCGCCCCCACUCUGCGCGCCCCGGGCGGGAGCCGCGCGCGGGGAGGGGUACGCAGCAGGCCGGGCCCUGAAGAAAUGAGGACGAGACUUAGCUACCUCACGGGCUCCUUCCAGAGCAGGGACGGGCUUCCCUAGGGCCCGGCGGGGUCGCCGUGGCGGGGGCAGGGCAGCUUGACCUGGGCCCGAAGGACUGGCGCAGAGCCGCGCAAUUGGGGCCGCACCUGCGGCGGCCAGUGGAUGGUUAGAGAGAGAAGGGGACGUGAGGAGAACUGUGAAUUCUCAGGCCCGCGGUUGGGCAGGGGGCCAAGCGAGCCCGGCCAAACCACCACCCCAAACAGAAGACCGAAAAUCCCCUCCCUUUUCCCCUGGCUCUUCUUGGUCACAGGACCCCUAGCUGGGACAACUUGGGCCCCAUCUGAAGGGGCUGGGCAGACCUUUGGGGAUGGCAGAAGCAGCCUGUGCAGCCAGCAUUCCCCGUGCAGGCUGUGAGCUCCAUUGCCACCUGCUGAAUCGGUCCUCCUGGGUGGGGUGAGGGAUUUACAAUCUGUGCAGCCAGAGGAGCGGAAGCCCCUGCCCCUGCCCAGCUGGGGAUUCUGUGCAGGCCCAGGAUUCUGGCCCAUGCAGAGGGCAGUGGACCCAAGGACACCCCUGAGAAGCCCAAGCCGGGUGGUCACUGCCUCAUACUGGAGCUGCCUGUUGGAGGAGGCUCUGCGAAGGCAAAACCUCCCAGAGAGUUUCCUUUUUGGAAACUUGGAACCGGCCUCUUUACGACAUUUUCCAGGGGACGGGAAAGGGGCACUAGCUGGGUUUAUGGCAGUGACCCUAUUUGUGUAAUGACAUCAGCUCCCACAAGGCCCCUCAGCAGUGUCAACAGCUGGGAACGGCCUGGAUGGGCAUGGAAUGCAAGCUGCAAAGGUGCUUAUGCCUGGCUGGGGGAAGGGGCUUGCUGGAGUCAGGACUCGGUUUGCUGGCCCAGUAAGGAGCCAGAGUGCCCAAGCCAUGGGCAGGCGGGGACAGGAAUGACCAGGUUCCUGGAUACCAAGGAAGUCAUGACCACUUCCUGUUGCUGCCCUAAUUCCUGGCUCCCCAAGGGAAGGGACAGAGGCUGCCAGGCCAAGAAAGCCUGCUGCAGCUGUCCCCACCCUGGGGCUGACCCCAGCAGAUGUCUUGAUUUAGCCUGGGCAGCGUCUCAUCCACAUGGUUCUAGCUGCCCCAUUUGUGGAGGCCUCCAAUGCCGUAGGGUAUGGCCAGACCCCCUUUCCACAGCUCCGUAGAGAGACUGUUCCCAAGCAGGCAGCCCCAGACCUUUGGGUCUGAUUGCGUAACACAGGGUCUAUUCCUGUGCGCAGGGUCCUACUGCCUCCCUGCCUCCUGCGCUCUCUGCGCUGCCCAGAGGCCUCUGGCCCGCGUCCUCACACCCGGCACACUGAGAUAGAGACCCGGCUCCCUUCUCAGUCAGGAAGUUGGUUUCAUUUCCCACCAGAGUCUGGCUGCUCAGAAGAGUCACACCAACUAUGAAGUGUGGCCCCCGUGGUCUGGCUUCCCUCUGCCUUCUCUGAUUCGGCCUGCAUCAUGGCUGUCAGUUAGUGAGCACCUGCUCUGUGCCUCGCACUUUACCCACGUGAUCUCCUGUUAUCCUCAUGACAACGCUGUGAGACAGGGAUUCUCACCCCCCCACUCUCACCAGCGAGGAAACUGAAGCACAUGUGCCCAUGGUCACCAGGCAAAUAAGUGGCAGAACUGGAUUCACACUCCAAAGCCAGACUUUGUGACCACAGGCCGUGCUGCUCCUUGCUCAUUGCGUGCUAGCUCUGUAGCCUACCCUCUCAGUUCCUGUAGCAGGCUGUGGGGGGGUGCUCGUAGGGGUGUUGCCACUGAGACACUGGCUCCGGUUACCGCCGUUGGCCUGAAGAAUAGAAG